GCAGACAGACACGAUGGUCCGCCGCGAAGUCCCUCUCGCCGUGGCGCUCGCUGCGUCGCUCUUCGCCGCCACCGCCGCGCUCGCCGCCGAUACCCGCCACGGGAUCGGCGUGGUGGGCGUGGGCGCGGGCGGGGGGGCCCUCAUAGCGGGCGUGGGAGUCGGGCAUGGGGGCGGCGUCGUCGGAGGAGUGGGCGUUGUGGGAGGCCACGGCGGACUGGCGGAAGGGAGCAAGAGCUGCAGGUACUGGUGCAAGACGCCCCAGAACCAGGCGUAUUGCUGCGAAGACGAGAGCGACCACGUCUCGCAGCCCUUCGUAAAGCCAGGCAGCUGCCCGCCCGUGCGCCCGCAGUGCCCCCCCGUCCGGUCGGGCUUCCGCCCCCCCAACCAGUGCAGCAAUGACUCCCGCUGCCCCGGACACGAGAAGUGCUGCUACGACACCUGUCUGGAGCACCACACGUGCAAGGCGCCCGGCAGCACCUGGUAGGGACAGCGGCGGUCGCGUCGGAGAAGCCGCGCAAAGACUUGGAACCAACGUUUCUCGACAUGAAAUUAAUUCGUUUUUCUUUUCAGGCAAAAUGUAAGUUACCCCAAGAUGAACGCCAUAUGUUAACCGAAUUGUGUAAUAGAUGACGUCUGUGACAUAAUAGGUGACUCUAGUGGAAAAAAAUAUAUACAUACAAAGUUGCA